AUGCGAUGGCUUCCGCUCGCCUGCUGGGGCCUCUCUUUUAAUCUGGCAGCAGCUCAGACCCAGUCUCAAGGCGACGCUGAGGCCGACUCGCAGGGCGUUUGUCGCGAACUGGUCGAGAGCGGGAACGCCACUGGCUCGUCAGGGACAGUUGACAACGGCGUCGGCGUCUGGAGAGUCAGCGUCCAGUCCAACUAUAGUGCGAACUCCCUGACUCCUCUGGAGAAUGUCACUGAAGAAGAGUCCUUCGGUGCGGUCGCGAGCCUUUGGCUGGAUCCUUCCCCGAGCAUCGAUCUGAAUUGGGUGCAAUCUUUCAGUGCAUGUGCUUUCGUCUUCAGAUACCUUCCGGAAAACACCAUUCGACGGGGUCAAGACGACGAUGGUUCGUGCGAACAGACGCUAUCCAGGAAGUGCGUCCAGCAGUUGAGUGAACGCGCCGAGGAGACCGCGUACUGGCUCGUUGCAAAUCCAACGGUGGGACCCUUUAGCAACCUCACGCCUCCAAUCCUGAGUCCCAUCUGCCAACAAAUCAGCAACGCCUUCGGCCAACCCGGCAGCUCCCACUACCCAAUGCCCCCCGCCUGUCGUCCAUUGUUCCAAUACAGCGAGGAACAAACCGAACUGCACAUCGACACCCACUUGCUGACCGACAACACAACCAAACCGACUAACUGCUCCCUCUAUCAGACCUCUGAACAACGUCCCGCCAGCGUCCUCAACGGCUACAAUAGCCCCCCGGGACUCUCGUACACUGAUGCCUCCCCGCCGGCUGAAGCCUACGACGAACUCGUCCACCGAGUCUGGCCCGUGCUCACCGUGCUCUUUCCCCCGGCCAACAACUCACGGCAGGCUUCCAUCGUCGCUGCCAGCUCCUCCAUGUCAUGCCUGCGCGCCAACAACAUUGCGCAAGGCAGUCGAGUGCCUCCGCCGCUACCGGACGCGGACCCCGUCAAUUGGCCGGGCCCGCUGUCCAAGGCCGAGAUUGCCGGUAUCGUCGUGGGCACUGUGGUUGGUGUCGCUCUCCUGGCUGGACUGGCGUGGUGGUUCUGGCGGACACGGAACCGGCAGCGGAAGUGUGUCGCUGGUGGUGGUGGUGGAUUGUCCAGCGAUACGGACAGCCAGAAAGCUCUGGGAGAUGGCAAGGAUUCCUCGCACCUCAAAGCUGGCGGGGAGAGGUUUGAGAUGGAUAGUAAGCAGAUGGACGCCUAUUCCAGUGCCAAGGUGGAGGAAAUGCCGGCGUGCGAGCCGGCGGCGGGGGAGCUGCAGGGCAGCACGGUGCCGGCGCAGGAGAUGAUGGGUAGCGUGCCGAUGGUCGAAAAGAAGUCGUAG